GUUUGCAUCGGAAUUAUCAAACGACGUUACUUUCCUCCACCUGGUGGUGAGCACCAUCGAUCCUGGAAUGUGCAACACUCUGAUAUGCGAAAUAGUUCGUGGUCAUUUGAACAUGUUUCAAUCCGACGAUCUGUCUCCUGUGUUGCGCGCUAGUUUACAGUGGAACUCAAUCGAGCAAUAUUUUUUCUGGCAGUUAAUCAACGCACACGAAAUUCCCACUCGCAGCUUCCUCCCCAUGGUGAAAUACGUGGACCCGGCGAAGCAUCCUGAAGCCUGUGCCAACCUUAUACUUCUUCUCAAGUUAGAAAAACCUAGUUUCGAACUUGUGCGAGCUUUGCUUUCGCGAUCCGGGGUAAAUGACGCACUUUCUGUUACCGCCCUUCACUUUUGGAGCUGUCCGGAUAACCAACAUUCUUCCCGUUUUGCAAGCAUUUUGAAGUCGCUGAUCAUGGCACCGCUUUCUCAGCGAGGCGAUGGUUCUCUUUCCAACUCGGCUACUACGGGUUCCGCUUCUCGUGAUGGCCGUGAGAAACGAAGGAACGGGGCGAAAAAUCAGGUCACACCGGACAACCAGGUGGAGUUGUCUCUUAUUCUGACUCACUUGGAUUCCAUCCGAAGAACGUGUAGAAACAUAUCACAUGGAAAUUCAUCAGGGUCUAAAAAGCGUGCGGCCAAGUACGUUCUUCAGGAUGAGGAUGUUCAGCUCGCUUUACAAGAAGUGGUGCGGUCUAGCAAGGUCCCACUUUCUGUCAAAGACCACUUCUCCGAUUUACUAGCUUUGGCCGAGGAUCAGUCCGUCACCUCCCCCGCAAACCGGUAUGGUGUAUCUCAAAAUGGUCGAUCCAUUUCCGAUCCAUUACAUCGUUUGGGCGGAACAACCACUGAUGGCGCUGAGAAUUCUUCCUUGCUCUCCCGUCCGGCCAGUCUUGGCAGCAAGGGCGGUCAUAGCUUACGAAAUUUGGACUCGCGUCGUGCAGCCGAAGCUGAACGCCGACAGCUUCCAACCUCAGCUGGGUCUCACUCGAACAAGCGGAGCUCGCGCACCUCUGGGCAUCAAAACGAUGCUCUCGAUUCAGAUCUCACGGAUGAGACGGAAGCCGUUUCCAUACUCAGCUCCUCUUCCGAUUCAUCGGAGGACGACGACGAUGAUGGAGAUGAAAAGCGGCAAGCGAACUCGAUGAGGUUAAUAAAAAGAAAGAAACACUCCUCAGCCAACUCCUGCAACUCAAGUGGAACCACUCGCCCUGCGCUUGGAAAGCAAAGUGACACUGCCGCCGAAUCAUCGUACAAAGAUCGCCGCCCGAGUUGUAAACGCGUUUUACAGCGUUUCACUGGUGCAGCCGAAAACGAUGACGAGGAGGAUGAUGACGAUGACGAUAAGGGGCUGGAGGUGGUUGUCCUCGAUGAGGAGAGCGGAGACGAGAAGACCAACGAGGAUGCAGAUCGCGUGCGGCCUCCAAAACGCCGGAAAACGGCAGUUAACCGAUUUCUUUUGGACGAUUAGUUUCCACUGUAUAAAUACAACUUCAGCUACUCUUGUAAAGCAUGCAGAAUACUCACCUGUACAUCACUGUAAGUUUGUCCCCUCCCCCACUUUUCAGACACGCUUUGUGCCACCCGGUUGUGUGAGCGAAUAUUUACCUUUUUUCUCUUAGCCUGUAUAUACCAAUUUAC